AUGACCACGACCCAGAUCACUCCACUACGAUCUGUGCCGAGUGCUGGACAUGACAAAGAUAUUACUCGCCGGCCUCGACGCGCUCAGAUGAGCCGCCUCUUCUCCAGCCCCGAUCAUGAAAGAGAGAAACAAAGAGAGAAACAGAAAAUCAAGGUUCAGAUCAAAGACGAAUACCAGUUCCAGUUCCCCGCCGUUGACGGUCGGAGGAUUUGA